AUGUCGGCCGAACUAGUUGAUAGCACCAGCCCCUCCCGGAAGCGCGAGUCGUGUGAGAAGCCGGUGGCAGAAAAGACCCAGUCAAAGCGUCAGGCGAUAUCUAGUUUGCAGAAGCUGACGGCGCACACAGAAGUGGUGGUGGAUUCUGCGAAGUUGUCUGAUGCGAAGAAGGCGACAGAUGCGACUACGAACCCAUCGCUGAUCCUGGCAGCCGCGAUGGCUCCGGAGAGUGAAGCGAUGGUGAAGGAGGUGGUGACGAAGGCGCUUGCGAGUGUGUCAGAAGAAGCGGGUGAGGAGGAGAAGCUGCGAGUAGUAGUGCAGCAUCUAAUGGCCGAGUUCGUGAAGAAGAUUAGCGAGAGCGUUCCAGGUUUGGUUAGCUUCGAGGUGGAUCCUGAAUACAGUUUCGACUCUGAACUUACGGUGAAGAGAGCAAAAGAAUUAUUGGAGUUUUUCAAGACGCAAAAUAUACCCAUCGAGAGAUUAUUAGUCAAAGUCGCUGCUACCUGGGAAGGUAUACAGGCGGCCCAGAAGCUGGAACAGGAGAAUAUUCACACAAAUCUUACCCUUUUGUUCUCGUUCUGCCAGGCUGUAGCAUGUGCGGAUGCCAAGGCUUACUUAAUUUCACCUUUUGUUGGACGUAUAACGGAUUGGUAUUGCGAACACAAUGCUAAGAGCCAGAAUAGACCGAUAGGAGACAUCAAGAAGGAGUACGAGCAGGCACCGGAAACUGACCCCGGUGUCCUCGCCGUUCGACGGAUCUACAACUUUUAUAAGAAAAACGACGUGCCGACGCUCGUUAUGGGAGCCAGCUUCCGCAACGCAGGACAAGUGAAGAGUCUCUGUGGCUGUGAUAAACUCACCAUCCCUCCAAGCAUUAUCAACGCGCUUGAUGCCGAAGUUGACGACGGCACGCUGGAACUCGCUCUCUCUAAAGACUCCGCCGCCGACAAGUGUCUCGACGACGUAAAGCGACCCAUGGACGAACAGACCUUCCGUUGGAGCCUCAAUGAGGACCAAAUGGCCACCGAGAAACUCAGCGAGGGCAUCAGGAAAUUCAACGCGGACUGGGUCAAGCUGAAAACCUUCAUCAAGGAGAAAUAUUUCACCGCGUGA